AUGUCGGAUCAGUAUUUCUACACCCGCGUGUGGGAGAGCAUUCCUAAUGCUCUCCCAUGGAGCAGCGGUGGUGACCCCAACGCAAAGGGUGAUCCCCGGAAAACCGUCAAAUGGAUCGAUGGCCUUCGAGGUAUUGCGUCCAUCAUGGUGGUCAUGACCCAUCUGGCCAGAUCAUGGGACUACGACCUCUUCUCCCCCCGCGAUAACGAAGAAGCAUCGCCACGCUUGCUCCAGCAGAUCGUCCUGCGCAUUCCGUGGCAGGGCCGUCUGGGUGUCACCAUCUUCGCUUUCCUGACCGGAUACGUGUGUGCGUUGAAACCGAUGAAACAAGCCCGCGCUGGCAACCACGAUGGCGCCUUCGUCACCAUUGCAAAAAGUGCCUUUCGUCGCCCACCUCGUCUGAUGCUGCCCGCCACUCUUGCCAUGUGCAUUUCGUGGACGCUUGCUCAGUUUGGCGCCUACACCGUGGGUAACCGCUGCGAUUCGGGCUGGACCCGCGCUGCCUCGCCCGACCUCGAGGACAGCCUCUACAAGGAAGUCAUUCGUCUUUUCAAGAACUUUUUGAUCGCCUGGACCAACACCGACUUCAGGAUUCACAUGGUCUACGACGAGCACCAGUGGGCGCUGCUGCCUUUGCUCAAAUGCUCUAUGCUGAUUUUCAUCGUUUGUGCCGCAACUGCCCUGUGCAAGUACCGCUGGCGUUUGUUUAUCUGCUCGAUUCUUGUGUUGUACUUCCACCAGGACAACCAACUCGACCGCGAAACCUUCCAGAUCCAGGCUCUGUACGGGAUGAUUUUGAGUGAUUUGUCCUACGAGCAGCGCUACAAGGACUUCAUGCAGAGUGCAACCUGGCGAUGGCCGCGCCGCAUUGUUGCCUGGCUCUUACUUGCCGGGGGUCUUUUCAUCUGCUCCUAUCCCGGCGAACACCCCGAGUGGGCGCCAUGGUCUGAACGCAUGGCUCAAAUCGCACCCUACUUGUUCCCCGAAGGAACAAACUGGGCAAAGCGCUGGACGGCGAUCGGAAUCGACCUAUUCAUCAUGUCCAUCUUCCUCACGCACUGGUCCAAAGAGUUUCUAUCGAGCACUGUUCUCCUGUGGCUGGGCAAGCAGAGUUUUGCCGUCUACCUGCUUCACGGCACUUUGUUGCGCACCGUGUUGGUCUGGAUUCUGUACGGCAUCACGGGCCAGCCCUGGGUUUCUUCGACUGACGACGAGGGCAACGUAAUCCCGCCGCCAUGGCUUCCACACCGCGGGCCAUGGGUAUUUGCCAUCGGCAUCCCCUGUUGGUUGGUUUUCCUGUACUCGUGUGCUAGCCUGUGGACCAACUAUGUCGAUCCGCUCUGUGCCAAAAUUACGAUGAAGAUUGAAAAGACCUUUUUCGAAGAAGAGGAUGAAAAGGGCCCCGAACUGAUUCCCAUGGCUAGCCGGCCGAUGCCUACAACUUGA